CCUGCACAUUUAAAUUAGUUAAAAUAAAAUACAAUAAAAUAAUAGUAUUUUACUUUUAUUGUAUAACAGAACAUUUAACUAAUGCUUCGAAAAACGUAAAAUAUUUACUUUUUUCGUAACAAUAAGUGAAAUACGCAGUAGACGAACAAAGCAGCAAAGUGAAGGGGAAAAUUAGUGGAAAAUUUUAAUUUUCUUCGGGCUUUUCAAGUAUUCAAAGGAAACAUAUAACCAUUGAUUGCUGUAAGGACCGUAGCGGUAUCCGGCCAGACCAAAAACUAAAGCAGAAUAAGUUUUACAUCCGCUUUAAUUGAUUGCGAAAAAAUAAUAAUAGUUUUAUUACAAUAGAACUAUAAUAAAGAACUUCGCAUCGAAGCGGAAAAUAUAAAUUGAACUAUUUCAGUGAAAUAGUGUUCAACUAUAAAGUUAGAAGCAACGUGGAAAAUACGACUUUUAUUCUAGAAGAAUAGAAGUCAAUUAGUUAAAGAAAAAAGGACGCAAAAUAUAAACCCACUUUUCGACGAAACUUUGCCAGAAAAGUAAAUAAAAUGUACGCAGGUGGUUAUGCAGUGAAUGGCGGCAGCCCACAUGCCAACUCGAAUGGUUUUUAUGGUGGUGGUGGGGCAGGCGCUGGUCCACGUCCUGAACGUCCACAUUAUCAGCGAAACACCAUGAAUAACGGCAGCAACGCCGGUAUGCCCUAUGGCGGCGGAUCGGGCUUAUAUGGAGGUGCCCAAAGCACCUACCGUGGCGGUAACAAUUCUAAUUCAAUGAUGACAAGUGGUGGUCCCAGCUUUUAUGGGAACGGCGUGAGUAAUCCUGGUGGUUUCCAAGCUCGUGGUAAAAAUCCAAAUUUCGUACCUCGUCAUCAGAAACCCAACGGUGGUUACCAACCAAGCAAUGGCGGAUAUCAUGGCGGUAUUAAUUUGGGAUUAUUGAGUAAAGAAGAGAGAGCGGAACUACAGCGCGAAAAGGCAAAAAAUCCCGGACGUAAUUUACAAAUUCCACGUUGGGAAAACCUCCAACCUUUCAAGAAAAAUUUCUAUGUACCACAUCAAAACACACUGAAUAUGAGUGAACAACAAGUCGUCGAAUUGCGAAAUGAAUUAGAAAUUACUGUAUCCGGUAAUGGUAUUCCACAUCCAGUGUCAUCGUUUGAAGAGUGUUCGCUACCAGAAUACACUAUAGAAGAAAUGAAGCGUCAAGGCUUCACAAAGCCUACUGCUAUUCAAGCACAAGGAUGGCCGAUUGCGCUCAGUGGACGUGACCUGGUUGGCAUAGCGCAAACGGGCUCCGGUAAAACUUUGGCAUACAUGUUGCCAGCAAUGGUGCACAUUGCGAACCAACCACCACUACAACGUGGCGACGGACCUAUAGCUCUCGUAUUAGCACCUACACGUGAAUUAGCCCAACAAAUUCAAUCCGUUGUACGUGAUUAUGGACACUUGUCUAAACCCGAGAUCCGUCAUACCUGUAUUUUUGGAGGUUCAUCAAAAGUACCUCAAGCACGUGAUUUAGAAAGAGGUGUUGAAGUCAUUAUUGCAACUCCAGGACGACUGAUAGAUUUCUUGGAAAAUCGUAACACAAAUUUGCAACGAUGCACCUAUUUGGUAUUGGAUGAAGCCGAUCGGAUGCUGGAUAUGGGUUUCGAACCACAAAUCCGUAAAAUAAUAGAACAAAUUCGUCCUGAUCGACAAGUAGUAAUGUGGUCUGCAACUUGGCCUAAAGAAGUACAGGCACUUGCCGGAGAUUUCCUAAAAGAUUACAUAUCCAUCAAUAUUGGUUCAAUGAACCUCUCGGCUAACCACAAUAUUCGUCAAAUGGUUGAAAUAUGUCAAGAAAUGGAGAAACCUCAGCGCAUUGUUAAAUUACUACAAGAAAUUGCACCGACAACAAACAAUGCUGCAAAUAAUAAUAACAAAAUAAUUAUUUUUGUCGAAACUAAAAUCAAGGUCGAGGAAAUCUUGCAAAUUAUUCGCAACGAAGGUUAUACUGCCACCUCCAUACAUGGCGAUAAGUCGCAACCUGAACGCGAUUCAGUGCUAAAAGAUUUCCGUAAUGGAAAGUCGAAUAUUUUGAUUGCCACCGAUGUCGCUUCUCGUGGUCUAGAUGUGGAGGAUUUGCAGUAUGUUAUCAAUUAUGAUUACCCAAAUUCGUCGGAAAAUUAUGUUCAUCGCAUUGGACGCACUGGACGUUGUCAGCAAUUGGGAACCGCAUAUACUUUCUUUACCCCGGACAAUGGAAAGCAAGCACGUGAUUUGAUUUCUGUAUUGGAGGAGGCCGGUCAGGUACCACCUCAAGAAUUGUUGGAUCUGGCACGUUCAUCAGGUGGUAAUGGUAAUGGCCGCGGAAAUAAUAAUCGUCGCUGGCAACAGCAGCCUACCCAUCAACAGCGUAGCAAUCCCUUGAAUUAUCAAGCUGGCAACAACGCUAACGGCGCAUACGCUCCGAAACAGAAUCACUAUCAGCAACAAAACAACAGUAUGUAUCAGCCACAUAACGGUGUUAGCAGUGGUGGUGCUGGUGGCAACUGGAACAAUCGAUCCGGUGUGGUUGGUGGCGGAGCUGGUGGCCAAUACAACAAUCCCGAUGCCAGUGGCGGUCGCACAUAUCGCCCACGUGCUCCAUUUAAUGCCGGCGGUCCUCGCCCUAUGAUGGGCUACAUGCCGCCACAUAUGCAACAAAAUAAUGGUUACGUACCACAACAACAGUAUCGACCACGUAGUCAACAAUUCAUUCCACAGCAGAAUGGUAAUAUACCACGUUUUCAGCAAUAUCAAAAACGAGAAUAUAAUCAACAACAACACUACGAUAAACAGCAAAAUGUAGUUGCUAAUGGCGGCGCUGGUGGCGGUGUGGAGCAUCAACCGCAUAACGGUGUUAUCAACGGUACAACAAUACAACAACAGCAACAGCAGCAACACCAACAGCAAGUAAAUGUUGCUGCAAAUAUUGCAGCUGCAGUGGCUGCUGCCGGUGGUCAAUUGGGCGGUGAGUAUCCCAGCAAUGUGUCGACACCACCGGCUGCAGCUUUAUAUGCUGCACCAGCACAAUCGCCUCCUACUGCAGCUGCCAAUACUGCGGCUGCUUAUAUGUAUGAUGCUAGUGGUGUUUUGGCUGCUGCUGCUGCAGCCGCCGCUGCCAAUCCAUAUGGCGGUUUGGCACCAACAGCAUACUACGCACACCCGCACCAGUUUGCUGCGGGUGUGGCACCAGCCACCACUGCUGACGUAUUGCAACAACAACAGCAGCAGCAACAACAACAGCAACAGCAGCAAAGAGCGUAAGUGCAUCAGACGUAUGAAUUAUAGCAGUGCGCUUAGCAAGCAUAUAACAUAUACAUACAUUUCUUCAAUUUUAUCGACUUACUUACAAAUAUUUACUUAUUGAUACUACAUAAAAAAAAAAAAACAUUCAUAAAUAAUAAUAAUCGAUAAACGGUAACUGUUCAAGGUAUACAUUAAAUAUAUAAAGCCGGUAUGAGCCAAAAGGCACUUAAACGAGAGUUGAAAACAAAAAAACACGCAUUGCAAAGAACGAAACAAUUGAAAACAGUAGAAAAUGUGUAGCGAAAUAAUACAUAUGACAUAUGUAUGUAAUAACUUACAUGCAUAUAUACGUGUAUUUGUAAACAAAAAUAACAUAAGUAUUCCCGGUGAAACAUACUUUUAUUUUUCAAAUUAAUCUUAAAUCGGCUUUAAGAAACAUUACAUUCACAUUAUUCUUACAAUAAAUUAUUGGAGUAGCCGUUGUUAAUACUUACAAACGCAGCAGCACCGUCGGCAGCCUUCAGGUGUAAGCGGCUACCCCACAAAAUUGGCUAAUCUUGAAUAAUUACAUAUGACUUAAGCAGUGAAUAAUUAUCAUCUUACAUAGAAACCGUAAAAUUUAAUUUCACAUAAAUUUUAAAAUAUGAAUUAUUUUAAUGCAUAUGAAUUUUUUGUUUUGGUAUAAGAAUGUUAGAGAAUUCUUAGUUAUCAGAAUAUGGAAAAAAUGAAUUGGCUUCAACACACCGCACUGUGGUGUAGCGGUAAUAAAUAUUAUUUUAAGCAUUUGAAAAUGUACCAAAAUUCUGCAAAGUGCAUUUUUUUAAUUCUCUGUAUUAUUUUAUAACUACGAAAUUCCUAUUUCCGGUUUCUAAAAGAAAAACAUUACAAAAAAAUAAGCGAGCAACUAAAAGAAAUUAGUCAGUAACUAUGAAACAACAAUUUAAACGCUGAACUUUUUAAAACUGCAUCAAAUGAAAUGAAAUUAAAUAAAAAAAUUAGCUGAGUUUCGUACGCAAAUAUGUGACCCUAUAAAACUUUUUUAUAACACACUUUCGAUUUAAUCAUAAAAAAUACUUCAAAAGAGAUAAGAGAGAUAUUUCGCAAAUUAUCUUCUAUGCAACUCAAUUCGUUUUUAAGUUAUUAGAUGCAUAAAAUUGUAAUGAACAAGAAAUAUCGCGUUGCAUCAAUUGAAGUACAUAUAUUAUUAUCCCAUUUUAUAUAUUUUUUCAACAGUUUAUUAUAACUGUUUUUUCCAAAAAUGAAUUAUACUAACUUUAGAAUAGAUUUCUCAGGUACAGCUCAUUACGGUGGAAGAUCAUGAUUGUAUUAAAGCAAAUAAGAGAUACGAGUAAAAUUCUGCAGAUUUACAGAAAUGAUAUUUGCAUGAAUCAUACGCAAAUAUCAUUGAAAGUAACGCUGCAAUUACAUUUUACUUCUACCCUUGCCACAACAUUAUAAUUAAAUUUAUUUCAUGUUUUUUUUAACGAACAAAAGACAACCUUCACUAAUGAGAAACAAUUUCCAAUUAUCUUCAAAAUAUUGAAGUUCACGCAUUAACGUUAUAUAAUUAAUAUAUCAAAUAUAAUUUUAAUUUAACUUAAUUAUCUAAAAAACAUUGAAUUGCAACAGCCAAAUCUAGCCAGUUACAUAUUCAUAUAAAAAAAUUUUGACCAUAUAAAAAAGAAACAUAAAAUGCGCCGCAUUCAUCCAUACAAACAUAAAACAAGUUUACACUUGAAUCAAUAAUUGCAAACAUACUUGUACAAACGACGAUCAUGUAAAUAGUAUGUAUAUUUAUGAGACGAACAAAAAUCAUAGUGAAAAGUAUUCGUAUGUUAGGUUAGCUGUUAAGCUGCACAGAAGCUUUUAAUUUUUUUAUGAAAGCUAGUUGGUGAGCGCAGUUGAAAAUAUGUAGCCUAAUUACAAAGAAAGGACGAGGCUUCCUUUAAUUAACUCGUAACAUGGUCCGGGUUUAGUGUGGAGCAGUAUUUCAAUGCCUUCGAUUCAUAUGCAGUGUAGAAGUAAACGAUAAAUUAUCGGAUAAAUAUGUAUACAUACAUAUACAUAUUUGCUUUGUGGUAGUGUCUUAAAAAAAUUAUUUUACGCAACUGUUUUAUAACUUAUAAAAAGGUAUAAAUAAUCCGUUUUCACCGGCUAAAUUAAACGACAAAUCUUAAAAAUAUAUUGGAUUUUAGAUUACUGAUGUUAAAAAAUUUCAAAUUUUAAGAUUUUCCAUAUUUAACGUUGCGUAUUUUGUUUCAUGGGUGAAUCUACCACUUUCACUGCCAAGCAUAAACCCUAAUUGAAAAGCAUACAACAAAUAACGCAUUUUAUGAAAAUUAUACAAGUCCCUUUUAACAUAUGUACGUCAAAUUUUCUAUUCCUUCACAACAUAGCAAUACAUAUGUACAUUAUAUAAGACAAAUAUUUCCAAAAACUUUGCUACAUACAAUUAAAUGCACUUUUCCAAAGACACAACGGAAUAUGUAAAAGAAUACACGUAAGGUCUAUGGGAACUUGUAAAGAAAUACUUUUCUCAUUUCCCAGCAGAAAUAACUAUAAAUUAAUUUAUUUAAGCAAUUGUAAUAGUUUGAGCGCGCUGAGUUUGCUUUUUAAAUUUGAUGUAUGCCAUUCCUCCACUUCUACAUGAAAGUCAUUUCGUAUUGAAUAUUUGUCUAUCAAAUUUGAAAACGAAUAUUUGAGUACAAAACGGUAUAUUCAAUUUGUCGCGAACUCAUUCACUUUGUGCUUUAUUCCACUGCUGCUCGUAUUCCUACCGAAAUAACACGAAAGUCUGCAAGCGACUUUGUAUUCGAAUUUUAAUAUUGAGAAGAAAUAGUGUAUUAAAAUUACUUUUAGUAAAUCUAAAAAAUUUAACUGCUGAAAGUUGUUAGUAUCGAAGCCAAAGUCAAAUUAUACAAACAAAAAAGAAAUUGAAGGUGUGCAAAGCAGGAUAGAAGUUAACAAAUAUAAAUAUUUUUUUAAAUGCCAUAUAUAUAUGUAUGCUAAGUAUAUAUACAUAUAUAUUUAUAAAUGUGAGGAAAUAAGCGAAAACAUAAAACGUGAACGUUAAUUUAUAAGAAAUAGUUUUGUAUUUCACUAAACAAAAUGCAAUUAUUCGAAUAUUCCUAACCAAAAAGUCCCAAAAAAAAUUUACAGUCAUACAUUAAGCAUGUAUGCGCAAACACACAUACAUAAACAUAUGCUAUUGCUAACACAGUUAAGCAAUUUGCAAAUGAAUUUCUUGUUGAGAAAAAACAUUGAGAAAUGUGUGUAGUAAUUAACUGGGACAAUUGGUUAAACAACUAACCAAUUUCACACAAUGUUUCUACCAACUUUGCUACUGACACUAAAGCAAAAUUAAGAAACGAAAUCAACUGAAAAUGGCAUUUUUCACAAUUAAUUUCUUCUUUUUUUUUUCGUAAAUAUAAAAAUUGUAUCAAAUGUAACAAAACAGCCGCUAUCACAUGGUUUUGUAGAAAAAAAGUAUAGGCUUACUAAAAUAUACGAGUAUAACUGUAUACAUACGUCAUUUGUAUGUAACAAUUUCGUUAGUUAAAGAUGAAAAAGCGAUAAACUCGUUUUCGUGGCAAAUAAAUGCAUUGUGUAUGUAGGUACUAGGUACUUUUUGGGCAGGAACUUAACCAAAAACAUAAAAAACGGACAAAGUUAUAGUUAGUACCAAAACCAAAACGCCAUUCGCCGUAUAAGCUUUCAUGGCAUUUUUCAUUUGUGACGAGCGAAAGAGAAUUUUUUCAUCGAAUCACAUUAAUUUGGAUAUUAGCAGUAUUCAAUGAUGUUCAACUACCAUAUGUUGUACUCAACCUAAAGAUCUCUUAGUUAAAACAGACUAGAAUUGUUGAAUUAAAUUAACGUUUUUAUUUUUCACUUUUUUUAUACAUACAUACAUAUGUAGCUUUUAAUUCGAACACAUAAUUGGAAAAUUAACAUUGUUUAUCGAAAAGGAAACAAAAUAUUUAUUUUUAUACAUAAAAAAGAUGUUUUUACUGUUGUUUUUGCAGUGAACAAAAAAUACUUUGUUUAGCCAUCAUACGGAUCGUAACAAAGAAAAUAAAGCGAGGGGAAAAACAAAUCUUUUGAACAAUAAAUAUUGUUUCAAAAACAGUAUUUGAUAAAUGCAUUUGUUUUUAUUUUGUUUUGGAAAAGCCGCGUUAUGUAUAAAUGCUGCAAUUAUGGUAAAAACAAAAAUUGAAUGUAACAACUGCAAAGCGACAACAUAAAAAUUAGCAUACAAAAACCAACAACAAAAUGUGAUGUGAUAGACUUAAAAAACAUAUGAUAACAAAACUAUAUUUAUAUGGAUGAUAUGAGGCACAUUCUAUACUAUAUUUUUCUUUUUUUAUUAUAUAUAUACAUAUAUAUUAUAUACAUGUGUACAUAUGUACGUUAAAAAUAACAAAUUACAUGAACUCACAAACUCUACAAAACUAACGUUUAUAUGUACAAAAAAAAAUAUAUAUAUACAUAUAUAUUGCAUAUUUUAAAGAAUUUUCGUAUUGCGCCAGUGCAGCUGUGCGAAAAUGUAGCUGAACUGUAUGAAACAUUAAAUAAGUUGCUAAUUUAACAAACAUGUUUCUCAUUAAAAGCAUUACAUGAUUUUCCCUAUCUUACUUCUUUUUUGUGGAACAUUAUGAAUACAAAUAGUUUUUGUUUAUUGAGCUGUAGAGUUCUCUCUUUGAAAAUUUUGAAAAGCAUUAGUGUUAGAACUGAAUACUAAAACACGAUUGGUUUUUGAACACUUGUUAGUAGUUUAUUAAUUUUGUUUUGAAAAUAUGCAUACCAAAAUAGUUAAUGUAAAAAAUGGAAAUUUGUGAAUUUUCGCCGAGCGAAUGAAUGAUUGUUGGAGUAAAGUGGUUUCUGCUUAGCUCAAAUGAAGAAAAAUUCGUUUACCGCAAAUUUCUGUUGUUUGAGUUAUUAAAACUCUUAUGAAAUAUUUAUUAUAUUUUUAUUUUUGUUUUCAUAUUUAAUUUUUCAAAAUUUUUAAUUACUGUUGAUAAUAAAUUAAACGACAACUGCUUCAUAACUUAAUUUUUUGUUCAUAUUUAUAAUAUUUUAUUUGUUUUUAUUUUAUACUAUAUUAAUAUAUAUUUUUAUUAUUAUUAUUGAUUUUUAUUCUCACUCCUCUUCAGGUAAACGAAUUUUAUUCAUUUCAAAUUGUUAGCUUUUUAUAAAAUGCUAUAUUUUUUCUUAGCAUGAAAUGAGAAUUUAUUUAAUUUUAAAUUCUGAACAUUCGGAAUAGAAAUUCGCAAUGUGCCCACCUUAAUAAACUACAUACAUACAUACAUAAAUCCAUACAAAUUAAAAUAUAUUAAGUUUACAAGUACAAAAAUAUCGUAUGUAAAACAUAAAAUGUAACCAAAAAACACAGCAAAGAAAUAUUUUCCCAUGCUAGACAUAAACGUACAUAUUUUUGAGCAUAGCAUUAGAAAUAUUUGCAUACAAGUAUGCAGCUUCAAAAGUCUGAAAAAUUCAAUUUUCUUAUUAAUAAAAUAUUAAUAAUUUGUUCUUUUUUUUUUACAACUUGAAUGACGAAAAAAGGUUCAUUCAAGUAACAUAAAAUGUCGGUGCAAAUGUAUUUGUGCACACGAGACUGAGGUGUGUGUAAAUUUUUAUUGUUGUUUGUACCAUUAAGAUGUAUUAUAUGUAAAUUUUCGUCAUAUACAUAUGUACGUGAAUACGUGUCACAUAUGUAUGUAUGUACAUGAAUUUGCCUUUUACAUUACAUACGAUAUUUGUGCGCAUACUGGAAAAGAGGCCGACAUAUGUAGAUAUGUAGAAAGGUACAUUCAAAGACACGCAAGGAUAAUAAGAAUUUAUGGAUGUAUGUAUCUCCGUAAAUAACUUGUAUUCGCAAUUCACUUUUUUAUACAACAGUAAAUAAAAACUAAUUGGCGGAGUCAUUGUGAACGAUUGUAUGCAAUUAAUAUUUAAAUAAGCGCAAAUCAUUCUUUGAGUAUGAAAUUUGAAUGUGAGUGAGCUCUGCUGCACAAAUUCCAUUUUUACUAAAAAAUUACCACUUUUUAUUUAAUUGUUUUUCGCAUUUUUUUUAGUAAGAGUAGUAGAUACGGUUGCGCGUUUGCGUCGCAUUAUUUGAAAAAUAUAAUAAUAAUCGAAAAUGUACGAAAAUUAAAAUGAAAAUCAAGCUAUAAUUUUUUAUGAUUCUUUUAAAAUGAUUUUGUAAUUAUUAUUUUUGUCUCUCAGAAGUUGCAUAAAGCCUUUUGCGGCAUAUACCAUUAUAUAAAAAAAGACUACAAUGUUACAUCCUGAAGUCAGCAAUAUCAAGUACUUUUAUUUUUUUCAUUUAAAUUCAUUCCAAAUAAUAGAAGAACACACAAACACACAUGCGUAUUUAUACCCAUGCUAUCCACACACUUCCAUACACACAACCAAAGUUUGAAUAAAUUUGCAUGCAGAUGUUUGUGAGAGAGCGAAAUAUGAAAUGUGAAUGAUGAAAUGAUUCAAUGAACGCCGCGGUAUGACAAGAGUUGGUAUUUAAAAUGAAAAGCGUAUUAAAUUGUUACACUUUUUGCUCGACCAUUUCUUUUUAGUGCUGCAAUCAAGUUACCAAACAAAACGAAAUCGAAUUGAAUGUAAAACAUACAUAUAAAUAUAAACAUGAAUACCGUACGUCGAAGCAUAAAAGCAAGCUAAAAUUGCAAUUAAGCAGCCUAUGCGCCGUCGACAAAAUAAUAUAUACAUAUACAAAGGUAUAUGUAAAAGCAAUUCGAAAGAAAGUUAAGAACAACUAAUUAACAACUGGGUCAGAUACAAGUAUAAGUUUUCUGUAAAGCCAAAAUAUGAAACUAACAUUUUAUUGUCAUUCAAAUAAAAAUAAUAAAGCAGGCAUAUAAAAACA